ACUUAUAUAUAGGUUAUUAUAAACAGUGUAUUGAUUAUUGGUCAAUAUUUUGCGAAAAAAAAAAAACAUUACAAAGUUUCAGUGGGUGUUUAUCUGUCAUGGUUAUCAGGCGUGUCAAGGUUUAAAACGGGUAUCGAGAUAUGAUAUAAAGGAGUUAUUUUAAACAAAUUGUUUAGAAGUAGGAAAAAGAAUUAUAUGCACAGUCAUGGCGGAUACCGAUUACAUGUUUAAAGUUUUGGUCAUUGGUGACGAAGGCACAGGGAAGACAGCGCUGUUAAAUAGAUACGCUGUAAACACCUUUACCGAGGCAUAUAUCUCUACAGUAGGAGUUGAUUUUCGAAUUAAGAGUGCCAAAUGUAACGGAAAGACUAUUAAAGCCCAGAUAUGGGACACGGCCGGCCAAGAGAAGUUUAGAACUUUUACUCUAAGCUAUUACCGAGGUUGUCAUGGUGCCAUAAUUGUCUUUGAUGUUACAUACAGGCCAUCAUUUAAACAAGUAGAAAACUGGAUCACUGAAUUAAAGACGUACGGUCCUGAAUCCGUUCCAAAACUACUUGUUGGAAACAAAUGUGAUCUUACAAAUGAAAGAUGUGUGACAACUGAGGAAGCAAAAUCAAUGGCAGUGAUAAAAAACAUGUCUUAUAUAGAAACCUCGGCAAAAACAAACACUAAUGUGGAAGAUACAUUUGAAACACUUUAUAAUGAUAUGCUCAAGAAUGUAUCUAAUCAGGCAGCGCCACCGGAAAAUAUAUCCAGACUGGACGAAGAAGGCGUGCCUGGCGAGACAGAGGGUAUGUCCAGUGAGAAAGGGGACGUGGCUGUCGAGGCAGAAUCUGUUGCUUCUGUGAAUUCAGAGAAUACCCCGCCAUGGGUAAAUGAAAUACUCGAAGGGCUAAAUAAGUUCGGUACUCGACUCGAAGUAGUAGACAAACUCGAAAGUACUGUCGCAACAAUGUCAAAGCGACUCGAUGAAUUAGAAAUAAAAGUUCAAAAUAUGACGAAAGAAAAGUAGACUUUAAAAACUAUGUAGAACAUAGUUCGAAACGACGCAGUUAUGUUUCUUAAUUAGAAUACUUGUUUUACAGAUUCUAAAAGACUAUGUUUUGUCUUAAGAAAUUUUGCUAAGUUUUAAUAACAGCUGUUUCAGAAACUGCUGAUACACCUUUUGUAUGAUCAUAUAUUGUAAUGAUCAGGUGCAGUGAUUAUUUCAAUGAAAGUAUAAACCUUGAGUGAAUAAGCUGAAGUGAUUGUUUAAACGAAAGUAUAAACCUAGAUGAAAUAAGUUGCAGCGAUUGUUUCAGUGAAAGUAUAAACCUAGAUUAAAUAAAGUGCAGUGAUUGUUUUAAUGAAAGUAUAAACCUAGAUUAAAUAAAGUGCAGUGAUUGUUUCAAUGAAAGUAUCAACCUAUAUUGAAUAAUGUGAAGUGAUUGUUUCAGUGAAAGUAUAAACCUAGCUUAACAGAGGUUGUUUCAGUGAAAGUAUAAACCUAGACUGGAUCAGGAAAUCUUAUGAUCUCAAUGAAAGCAUCAACCUAGAUUGGAUCAGCUAAAAUGAUAUUUUCAAUGAAAGCAUCAACCUAGAUUGGUACAAUUAUGAUUUCAAAAAUAGCAUUUAGAUGAAGAUAGAUUGAAUCAGGUGCGGGGAUAGUUUCAAUGAGCGGAUGUCCCUAUAUUGCUCAGUUUAAGGGACAGUUACAACGAAAGCAUUAAUCUUCUUACGGUUUUGAUGACAGCAUGCACAUUACAUUGUUUGGUAGAAAAUAAAAAAUGAUAACUGUCAUACAGUUUAUAUUUUGUCUUAUAAAAUCAAGCGCCUAGUCCAAAACAAAUAACUGAAUUCGCGACAUCUGCGGCUGAGUGGUUUAGGGUUGUUGACAUUGACGCGCUUGCCUGUUAUAAAAAUGAGUUCGAUACUUCGCUUGGAAGUAUAAUUUUUUUCAGAUGAGGAAUCCAUCCAGCUGGCUAAGGAAACAUAAGUGGUCCCUAACAAUGUCUCGGAUCGAUAUUUGAUUGAUUUUCGUGACAUGAAUCUUGGGAUUUCUCCAUUAUCAAAAAGCUGAAAAGUCGCCAUAUAAUCUACAGUUGUGUUGGUAUAAUAUUAAACCCUCUAUUUGAUAAACGAUAUUGUGUCUGAAAUCAUUAGUCUUCUACCUCUAAUUCAUGUGGGGGAAGUUGGCAGUUACUUGCGGAGAACAGGUUUGUACUGGUACAGAAUCCAGAAACACUGGUUAGGCUAACUGCCCGCCGUUAUAUGACUGAAAUACUGUUGGAAAACGGCGUUAAACCCAAAACAAACAAACAAAUAUUUAAGCCAACCAAAAAAAACCAGGUAAUAAAUGAAUGUAAACAAUAGACAGACAUCAGAAACCAAGUACCUGCGAGUACGUGUACCUGCUCCUCCUAAUGAGAAAGAAUAGCCAAAUGAAUAAA